UAGGAUUUUAACCUGCUGUUUAAACGCUAUUGAAACGAAUUAUUAGCUUCCUGUUUUAACAUGGAGAAAGCCGGGACCAAAGGAUAUACAUUUUUAAACCUCGAUGAUCCGCCACCUUACGAGCCGCCUGGAAACGACGGUCAACGGUAUCAACCAUGCCGGAACUAUCGGCAACCGUACCCUGGCCAGCAGCCGGACGAGGGCCAGCUGCAAUGCAUAAUCCAGCAGCAAUAUGGGCUUCAACCGUAUGGAGAGCCAACGCAUGUGCAAAGCCCAACCACUGCGACGAGGUUAGCUGCUGCUGCUGGUGAAAUGGAGGCGGCCAAAAUAUUCUCCAGAAAGGCAAGGAACUUCGUGAUCUCAAGCUUCGUCUUUGGUGUUAUGUGGUUUGGCAUAGCUACUGCUAUUAUCGUCAUGAAUAAUAAUAAGAACAAACCGUAGUAGACGUGGAAGAUGUUGGUGAGAGGAUAAGACAAAGAGGUGGAUGUUCCACAGGAUCAUAGAGGAAACAAUGUUUAACAGUCACUGUCAAAACGAAUAGUUGUAUUUCAAUCGUUUACGAACAAUUCAGACUUAUAAUUAUCCAGACCAAGUGUUAUUGUGCUGCUUUUCAUCAGACUUCAAAGUGAAGUUUUUUAAGGUAGUGAACAUCUAACAACAAUGAUUUUGUUUCAAAUGUAAUCUUAUUUAGUUAGCAUAUAACUGCCGUAUGAUAGUCUGUUAACGUUUGCGAAUUUUCGUGAUAAUUAUA